UCAGUUCAUAAACAUCCUGGCGUUCAUCCGGUCUGAUUAUGACUGAACAUGCUGGUCUCGUUCUGUUUACUACAACGAGACGUUACUGUUGCAACAGCAAAGAACGCGGUUGCCGUGUGGAUUAAAGACUAAAGGGUCCUCCCAAGGAUAGCUGCUUCGGGGACGGAGAGCAAGCAGACUGCCUGUUUACUUCGCCGGUGUUGCGAGCCAUCAACCGGCCGCCGCUGAAGGGUCGGCUUGCUUGCCGGCCGGCGUCAGACGUGCCAAGACUACACCAUCAUCUUCACGCCAUUCACCGCGUUGACACCCAUGGGAAAGGAAAAGGGAAGGUUAGUCGUGUACGUUGUGUAGCACAUUAUGUUGUGUCUCGUUUGCAGGAUGAUAAAUGUUUUAGCAAGGCAACUGACAGUACAGCCGAGCACUAUUAAACAAGAAGCUAGCUUAACUGUUCCCAAAUUGAUUCGUAUUGUUAUUUUUUAAAUGUGCAUAAUAAUGAACAGCAAUAAUUUCACUGUUUGGGGUACUUGUCAGUCAAUUAUUAUACUGCACAAGGUUUAUCAUUAUCGCACGUUAUGUCAUUGGCAGCAUCACUAUGCUGUCAUUUUCAAUUUAGCUAGCUCGUUACUAGCCUAGUCGCUAACGUCACCCACGAUUGAUUGAGUGCUGUCGUUUGUGUUCAGUCUUCUCUCUCUCUCUCUCUCCACACCUCUGAGUGACAGCUUGGGGUUGAAUUGCAAGAUGUAGGCUGGAACUAAACCGUCAUCUACUGCUCUCUGAGCUUUUCUGUGUGGCUAAACUGGGAGACAAAGAGGAAGAUGCCUCCCAGGCCAUCCUCAGGGGAAUUAUGGGGCAUCCACCUGAUGCCUCCCAGGAUCUUGGUGGACUGCCUGUUGCCCAAUGGAAUGAUUCUGACGCUGGAGUGCCUCCGUGAGGCCACUCUCAUUACCAUCAAACAUGAGCUUUUUAAAGAAGCCAGAAAGUAUCCCCUCCAUCACCUCCUACAGGAGGAGACUUCUUAUAUCUUUGUCAGUGUUACUCAGGAAGCUGAGCGGGAGGAGUUCUUUGACGAGACUAGAAGGCUGUGCGACCUCAGACUUUUUCAACCCUUCCUCAAGGUCAUUGAACCAGUUGGCAACAGAGAGGAAAAGAUCCUGAACAGAGAGAUUGGUUUUGCCAUCGGUAUGCCAGUGUGUGAGUUUGACCUGGUCAAGGACCCUGAGGUUCAGGACUUCAGGAGAAACAUUCUGAAUGUGUGUAAAGACUCUGUGGAACUGAGAGAUGCCAGUGGGCCCCACAGCAGAGCCCUCUAUGUUUAUCCACCCAACAUAGAAUCCACAGAAGAACUUCCAAAACACAUUUACAGCAAGUUGGACAAAGGUCAAAUUAUUGUUGUAAUUUGGGUGAUUGUUUCUCCAAAUAACGACAAACAAAAGUAUACAUUGAAGAUCAACCAUGACUGUGUGCCUGAGCAGGUGAUUGCAGAGGCCAUUCGUAAGAAGACACGUAGUAUGCUGCUCUCCCCUGAGCAACUAAAGAUGUGUGUUCAGGAAUAUCAGGGUAAAUACAUCCUCAAAGUUUGUGGCUGUGAUGAGUACCUGCUGGAAAAGUACCCAAUCAGCCAGUAUAAGUACAUUCGUAGUUGUAUCAUGCUGAGCAGGAUGCCCAACUUGAUGCUCAUGGCUAAGGACAGCCUCUACACCCAGUUGCCUACUGAUAACUUUGUCAUGCCAUCAUAUUCCCGCCGCAUCUCCACCGCAUCAUCGUAUAUGAAUGGCGAGGCAGCUGCCAAGUCACUAUGGGCCAUCAAUGGAACACUGCGAAUACGGAUCCUCUGUGCUACCUAUGUUAACGUCAAUAUAAGGGACAUAGACAAGAUUUAUGUGAGAACGGGUAUUUACCAUGGAGGAGAGCAGAUGUGUGACAAUGUGAACACACAGAGGGUGCCCUGCUCUAACCCCAGGUGGAGUGAGUGGUUGACCUAUGACAUGUACAUUCCAGAUAUCCCGCGAGCUGCCAGACUUUGUCUUUCCAUUUGCUCAGUCAAAGGCAGGAAGGGAGCAAAAGAGGAGCACUGUCCACUGGCUUGGGGUAAUGUCAACUUGUUUGACUACACUCACACUCUUGUGGCGAACAAGAUGGCGCUGAACCUCUGGCCUGUUCCUCAUGGUCUAGAAGAUCUUCUCAAUCCUAUAGGAGUUACAGGCUCCAACCCCAAUAAGGAAACACCAUGUCUGGAGCUGGAAUUUGACCACUUUAGUAGUCCAGUCAAAUACCCAGAUAUGAAUGCUGUGGAGGACCACGCUAACUGGACCAUCUCAAGAGAACUGGGGUUUAACUACAACCUCUCUGGACAGAGCAAUCGUGUGGCGAGAGAUCAUGCCCUGACAGAGAGUGACAUAGAUCAGCUGGGACAGCUCAGUAACAGAGACCCUCUCUCAGAAAUAACUGAACAGGAGAAAGACUUCCUGUGGAGACAUAGGCACUAUUGCAUGAAUUUCCCAGAGAUCCUUCCCAAGAUCCUUCUUGCUGUCAAAUGGAACUCCAGAGAUGAAGUAGCGCAGAUGUACUGUCUAUUGAAGGAAUGGCCAUCUAUCCGUCCAGAACAGGCCAUGGAAUUGUUGGACUGCAACUACCCGGACCCCAUGGUUAGACACUUUGCUGUGCGCUGCCUUGAUAAAUACCUGACUGAUGACAAACUGUCUCAGUACCUCAUCCAGCUUGUACAGGUUCAAAUGCGGUUCCUGGUGGACCAGAUGAAAAGACCUGACUACAUGGAUGCACUACAGAAUUUCACCUCUCCUCUUAACCCUGCGCACCAACUGGGCAACCUAAGGUUAGAGGAAUGUCGGAUCAUGUCAUCGGCAAAGAGGCCGUUGUGGCUCAACUGGGAAAAUCCAGACAUCAUGUCUGAGCUACUCUUUCAGAACAAUGAGAUUAUCUUCAAAAAUGGAGAUGACCUGCGCCAAGAUAUGCUGACUUUGCAGAUUAUCAAAAUCAUGGAGAACAUUUGGCAGAAUCAGGGACUGGAUCUACGCAUGCUGCCAUAUGGCUGUCUAUCCUUAGGAGACUGUGUGGGUCUCAUUGAGGUGGUUCGCAGCUCACACACCAUCAUGCAGAUUCAGUGUAAAGGUGGCUUGAAAGGGGCUUUGCAGUUCAAUUCAAACACUCUGCAUCAGUGGCUCAGAGACAAGAACAAGGGCGAGAUGUAUGAUAUGGCUGUGGACCUUUUCACAAGGUCCUGUGCUGGCUACUGUGUAGCUACAUUUAUUCUUGGGAUUGGAGACAGGCACAACAGCAACAUUAUGGUCAAGGAUGAUGGGCAGUUAUUUCAUAUAGAUUUUGGACAUUUCCUGGAUCAUAAGAAGAAGAAAUUUGGCUACAAGAGAGAGAGAGUGCCCUUUGUAUUGACACAAGACUUCCUCAUUGUCAUCAGUAAGGGGUCCCAGGAGUGUGCUAAGACCAAAGAGUUUGAGAGGUUCCAGGAAAUGUGUUAUAAAGCCUACCUGGCCAUCCGGCAGCAUGCCAACCUGUUCAUCAACCUGUUCUCCAUGAUGCUGGGCUCCGGCAUGCCUGAGUUGCAGUCAUUUGAUGACAUCGCCUACAUUAGGAAGACCUUGGCCUUGGAAAAAACAGAACAGGAGGCGUUGGACUAUUUUAUGAAACAGAUGAAUGAUGCUCACCACGGUGGGUGGACCACCAAAAUGGACUGGAUUUUCCACACAAUUCGACAGCAUGCACUAAACUAAGCCGCACACAAACUAAUUCAAACUUUUUUAGUUGCACUUACGUUUUGCCAACAGCAUUACCACCUCCUGUUCUUCAUUGCGGUCUCAAUGAUGCCUUUGUUUGGAGUCACCCCUCUUGGAAGUUCCUUCUUGGAGGAUUGUUGUCAUACAGCAUGCCAUCUAUGUUUUUGGUUCUGAAAAACCAAUGACCAUUGCACUUCAACUACUUAAACACUACUUGCAGAGGAGAAAUACCAAUUGGUCAAAAAUCAUAAAUAAUAUUGCAUUCAUCCAGCUGCAUGUCUUGCUGCUUUAUUAGUUCCGCACUGUGGCCCCACCCUAAAACAUUUUUUUCCUGGAAAACGUUUCCUUGUCAGCGCCAAUAAGAGAAGGACGCAGGCACACACACAAAAAAAAAAAUGAAAUGACCACACAAUUUUACUUCAGUGUGGGGACCUGCGAUGGCUGCCACUGCACUUAGUCUAUAGUCUUCCACCAUGUUUGUGGUGAAACUGCCCCUGUGAGCGCAAUCUUUGCCAAAAACCAAACCCAACUAAACCCAAGCCUGCAAGGCAUAUUGUUAGUCUCUCCCAACCUCAAAGAAACAGAACUCCACCCUCGGGAGUAUUUGUUGGUGGUGCACUUUGAGACUUUUCAACCAACUUCAGGGUGAUGUUGCCUCUCCAUCCGAUACUAUUUAUUGUUGUUUUAUAAGAAUUUGAGCAAUAAUCAUGGAAGUUGAUGAUUUGCUUUCGCUGGCCACAUGAAAUGACUUGGCGGGCGAGAUUUGGCCCCCGGGCCUUGAGUUUGACACCUGUGGUAUAAGCAACUAGAUCAUAUUUGUGUCAUGGGGCAGGUUACAGAUUAUUAUGAUUAGUUUUAUUUAUUUAUUUAAAAAAAAGUUUUUAGACACCUUUCACUUGAGCAAAGCAGACACUCCUGUGUUAUUGUGGCUACUAUUAUUGCACUAACUGCAAUUUUGAUUUACAUGAUUUACUGUAUUUUUGUGAUGAAAAACGGACAGUACGGACAGUUUACGAGAAUUUAUUUUUUACUUUCGCAGACAUCCAGGGGAAUGUCAAGUCUUCCUGUUCAUAAAAAUACCUUUUGCGUUGCAGCAUAACACUCCACAAUGCUGCACAAUGCUGAAGCCCAUACACCAUUGCCACCACUAUUGCGAGAUGGAUUAUCAUGAUCAUCUUGAGUGUGGAAUUUAACAUAACAAUAUCACACCAUGUGACUUUUAUUACUACCACACAUUUACUCACACUUAAAGUUUGAGUAUGCAAUUUUCCAACUGCUAGCAAGAUUUGAAUGUAACCUCACUUCAGUCCUUGCCAGCCCCCCUUGUGUCUCCUGCCCCUUUCAAAAGAAAUCCCCCAGCUCACUAACACGCAUGCAUGGCGGCAUGCCAAGACAGCUACAUUGCUAGCAUGGUUUUUUCAUGAUGGAACCACGCAGCCGUCUGCAUGUGGGACAACACUGUUAUAUAUUUUUGCCCUUGAUUUGUCUCGGGAGCUGUCCAACUCCUUGUUUUUAACUUUUGUUGCUAACUGGAGUUAAAUAAUCCAGCCAAGGAGCUAUAAUAGUCUUCUUUGGAGAGGCUGUGUGUGCCCGCAUAUGUGCAUGAGAAACGAUUGAGACACUAUUUGGUCACGUCUCCUGUCUCUACAGUUUUUGAUUGGCUAUUCUAGUCGUGCUGCCACCUUUUGUAAAAUGAUCAUUAAAAUGAAAUUAGAGCCAUAAAAUGGGGUCAGAGAAGGAUGAUUUUUCAAAAGAUCAUUUUAUUCUACUGUCAGGUCAUAUAAACAGUUUUAGCAUAUAAUACAAAAAGUGUUUUUUUUGUUGUUGUUUAUUUUAACUGCAAACUCUAACUGACUGGCUUUUUUUUGUUGUUUUUUUUUUGAUCAAUGCAUUUUCUUCAACACAAAACGCAGCACCUUUCGUGGACACAACCCAUAUCAGAACCCUGUCUUACUUAAAUGUGUGCAUGCUCACUGUAUUAGCCCGACCUGCCAUCUUAACGUUUGAUUGUAUUAGGAAGUCUGUUGCGAUGUGAAGCACAAAUGCAACGUUCCAUUGCAGCAUGGCUUGAAUGUAUUUAAUUGCUACCACAGGCCAUAUGUGCACUCACUAUUUAUCAUGUGUCAUGUGAUCAGAUGCAGUUUUUUAAUUUGUUUGUCUUUUUAUUGAGGCUGGUCAAAGUUCAUCAUGUAGUCGGGCAAAUCAGUUACAGACUUUUUUUUGUUUUUGUUUUUUUGCAUGUUUCGGUGCUCUCUAUGAAAACCGUGACGCAGUAUUAUGCAGUAUACAUGCAAAGUUCCAGUCCAACUUUUUUAUGGCAAGCUAAAUGAGUGUGUUUUGAAUGUCCUUGCCUGUCUGUCAACGUACUGUACAUUUGUUCCUAUGCCUGCGCAGGUUGCAGAACUUAAUUGGCAGGUCCCAGUGCGUGCAUUUUGUGUGCAUGUGUGGCACACCAACCAACUGCACAUUUUUUUAUUUUAUUUUUUUAUUUUUUAAACAUUGCUUGUAAGGAGAUGCAGAGAGGGAAAAACAAGGAGAAAACUAAAAUGAAAAUAUUCAUUGGAUAUUAAACUUGAAGUAUCAUAAAUCUGAACCACAGUGUUGGUGGAUUUUUUUACAUCGUGUAGAUAAACAGUAUUCUUUACUAAUAAUGUGUGUGUUGAGUUAUGUGCAGCAUUGUAUACAUGUUUUUCGUGCCAUUUCUAUGAAUGUGAUUUAGCAUCAAGGCCACUUUUCCAUUAGUCGUCAAGUAGAUGAUACUUUUAAAUCACUUUAAAAACAACAACAAGCCUCAAAAGUAUGAUUUUCAGCAGAGUACGCUUGUUGAAAAUUAUUACGGUUUAGGACUUUUAAACUGCAAAAAGGAGUUUUUUUUUCUUUGUUGCAAAACAUGUUUGCUGAUUUAACCUUAUAAUGCACAGAUAAUUUCUGAUGAUUUACUGUCAAAGUUGGAGGAUUGCGAAGUCAAAUUGGCUGAACUGUUGGGUCAUGUCAACAAAUACCUAAACAGCACACAAACAUACUGCAAUCCAGUGCAAUACAAAUGCACAACAUAUUAAUGUGAAAUGAAGAAAUUGUUAUUGUUUUUGAUUGUGUAACUCUUUGGGUCCCAAUUUUGUGUUAAUUUUUCUAACGAUUUGUUCCCUCUUGAACCUGCUAUAGUUAUGAAUGUAACUGUUUAUGUUGUGGAGCCUGAAACAGAACAGAUUCUAAGGGUUUAAAACCCCUACUCGUGUAUAAAUACAGUACUCCAUUUUGGAUCAAAUCAUUGUUGGUUACCACUUGUGACUAAUCUUCUGAAAUGACCCAAAGGAAAACACAGAUGCAGUGAUUAUAUGGUCAUCACCAUAUAUGUGUGUGUGUGUGUGUGUG